AUGAAUAUUCUUGUUAGAAGAUUCAACUCCAUUCCAACUUCACAACAAGAUACGAAACUUAUCAGACAGAUCAAAGAUUUGAUCUUGCAAGGACUACAUGUUGAAGCUCUUCAUCUCUACAAAAACCAACUGCAUCUCCAUGUAGACACUUUCACACCCAUUAUUCCUUCAGUUAUAAAAGCCUGUUCACUCUCCCAAACCCACCAUGGCUUUGGUCUUCAGCUUCAUUCUCACUCCCUCAAACUGGGAUUUAAUUCAGAAUCCGUCAUUUCGAAUUCAAUCAUCUCUUUUUACGCUAAAUACCACGACAUCAACUCUGCACGUAAACUAUUCGACGAAAUGUCUCAAAGAGACUCUAUCUCCUGGAACUCCAUGAUAAACUGCUACACUCAAAACGGGAAUUGCCUCGAAUCUUUACAGAUGUUUAAGAAAAUGUACGAAUGUGGAUUUGUAGCAAAACCAGAGCUGAUUGCUAGUAUUCUUUCUGUAUGUGCUCAAUGUCAACGUACAAAAUCAGGUAAAAUGAUCCAUGAUCUUUCCAUUGUUGAUGAGAGAUUUGAAAACUCUGUAUUCCUAUCAACAGCUCUACUAGACUUGUAUUGGAAAUCCAGUGAUUCAAGAAUGGCUUUUCAUGUUUUUGAUUCAAUGGAGGACAAAAACGAAGUCUCCUGGACUUCCAUGAUUCAGGGAUAUACUGGAAUCCAUGAUUCCAACAUGGCAAUUGACUCUUUUCGAAAAAUGCAAAUCAAAGGAAUUAAACCUAACAUCGUGACACUAAUUUCUAUUCUACACAUUUCUCUUGAGUUAAACUUAAACACAAUUAAAAGCAUUCAUGGGUAUGCUUUUCGCCAUGGAUUCCAUUCAGAUAUCCGUAUUUCAUCAUCUCUAAUUCACCUCUAUUCAACUCACACUUCUUCAUUACCUCUCAUUAAACCAAUCUUUGAAAACUCAACACAAAGAGAUUUAAUACUUUGGACUUCCAUCAUCUCAGCCUACUCUCACCAUAAAGAAACUGCCAAAAACUCAAUAUCACUUUUCAACCAAAUGCAAAAAGAAAAAUUCCAUCCGAAUUCCAUAACCCUAUUGGGAAUACUCGAUGCUUGUACUAACAUUCCAUCAAUAACCUCCGGAAUCGGAAUCCAUGGAUACAUAAUCAAAACCGGUUUCGAUUCCGACAUCUCCAUUACAAAUUCCCUAAUCAACAUGUACUCAAAAUGCAGGUCCCUUAAAGAUUCAUUAAAAGUUUUUCAAGAAACACCAACCCCAGAUCAUGUUUCAUGGAGUGUGAUUAUAAACGCAUAUGGCAUCCAUGGCUAUGGUGAAAAAGCUUUGGAAAUCUUUAAAGAAAUGAAAGAAAAGGGAAUAGAACAUGAUUCCAUUACAUUGGUUUCUGUUUUAUCGGCUUGUAAUCACUCUGGUUUAGUUGAAGAAGGAGAUAGAAUUUUUUCAGAAGUGAAAAAUGAUGGAAAGUUGAUAAAUUUGGAGCAUUAUGCUUGUUAUAUUGAUCUUCUUGGAAGAUCAGGAAAGGUGGAAAAGGCUAGUGAGGUGAUGAGAAAAAUGGGUAUGAAACCGAGUGUGAAAAUAAUGAGUUCUUUGGUUUCAAAUUGUAGGAUUCAUGGAAGAUUAGAUGUUGCUGAAAAUAUGUUGAGUUGGUUUAUAGAAUUGGAAAGUGAUGAUGCUGCUAAUUAUGUGUUGUUGAGUAUGAUUUAUGCUGAAUUUGGUAAAUGGUUGAAUGUGGAAGGUGUUUGGAGGGAUAUGAAGUUGAGGGGGUUAAAGAAAAGUUGUGGUUUUAAUAGGGUUGAAAAUUGA